AUGUUGAAGAACUUGAUACCGAAGUUGUCACAGCUCUUUAGUCGAGCAGAAGCGUCAGGACGAUGGUAUCCACAGCCAACGUAAGUUUUGAAGAUCGUUAUUUUGUCUAUUAGAGUCUGAAUUUGCUGCUAGUGGAACAGGAAGUGGAGUUGCUGCAUAAUAUUAAGCUUAAGGCGUAGUUUUUAUUUGAGCAUUACGUUAUUUUUAAUAGAUUAUUUUUUAGUUAAUAAACUUCGUUUUUUUUAAAUUAUUUUUGAACAUGGAACUUUGUGUAACACCAUAGUUGACUAGGAUUAGUUUGUAAAUGUGUCGUUUAGGACAUUGGCUGUAAAUUCACAUUACUUUUUCAGAUCAGUAAGAUCAUACAGCCAAUGUCCUGAACAAAAACAAGAAGAAGAGAAACAAGUUGGACAUGUUAUUCCCACUGCCGAAGAAUUAGGACUAGAUCGCCAAAAAGCAUAUCCAGUGUUUUCCAAGCCGCGAGGGAAUGGAAACUUGUACAAGCUAAAAAAGGGCAAAAAAGGAGAACUGUUAGCUGAUUACAACCUCUUUGUCGAUUCAAUAAGGAAGUGUGAGACACACUGGAAGGUUUACAAUGGCAUGACAGCCAACGAAAAGUCAACUUACAUGGCUCAUUACAUUGCAGUUAGAGACAGGAAACUGAGCUAUGUUGAUCCAAUAGAUAAGAAGGAACAUAAGACUAACAGUGCUUUGUUGUACGAAGGUAAAUGUUGUGGUGAAGGUUGCCGGCAUUGUCCUUACGAUCUGGAGGGCUGUUCUGAAUCCACUAGGAAAUCUUUGUUGUACAAUGGCUUUUAUUAUAUUUGAAUAAAAUUGUUAGUUAUUAGGUAAAGUUGCCUAUGCUUUCGUUUUAUGAUUUGGUUGAAACUUUUUAUUCGAUAUCCUUAGUAGAAGUUUCUGAGAAACAUUGCAGUUGUUUGAAUUUGUUAAAUAUUUUGAUUAACGUCUUACUUGAAUAACCAUUUUUAGUUAUGAGUUGUCAGUUCAUCGAACACGGACUCCAAAUCCUGGAAUUCAUCGACGGACUCGAUGCGUUGUUGUUGAUAAUUCUGCUAUCGGGAAGGAAGCUAACAGUAGUGGUCGAUUGGCUUACUGUAUUCACGUGUACAAAAAAGGUUACCGGCCGAAGCACAUGCCCCACGCCACACUUGGAGACAAGGUAAGAACUUACGUUUUCAAACUGUUCAAAUUUUUUGAAUCUAAGGAAAUGUUGUAUGACUAAUUUUGAAUAUAAUAAAUGUGUUUUUCAUGGCUCUUUCAGAUCCUGGUAGCCAUCAAAGGAGAAAUGAAGAAGGCGUACGUCGUUGGAGCAAACACACAUGUUAACUACCGUAAACAUGGUAUUCCUUCGACUGACACGAAUAAUAUUGUUUUACUGGUAAGUUUCCCGUUUUAAUACCGAUUUCUGAGUAAUAGGACGACGAUGGCAACCCAAUUGGCAACCGUGUUCUAGCCCCCAUCCCAGGUCACCUUUUGAAAAAGAGGGACAACAUCGAAAUGGCCAAGAUUGUUUCUCUGGCCACAAAAUUUGUUUAG